AUGGAGCUUCAGCUUUGGCCUGUUUUGGUUUCUCUGUUGGAAAAGCUGAACAGGUGGAUGCUCUUGGUGAUUCUUGUCACAUUACUUUUGAUUAUUGACUUUGUGAGAAAGAGACGUCCCAGGAAUUUCCCUCCAGGGCCACAGCUCUUUCCUUUUGUGGGAACCAUUGUGGACUUAAGGCAACCCCUCCAUCUUGAGAUGCAGAAGCUUUCCGCUCGCUACGGGAACAUUUUCAGCGUGCAGUUUGGAAGUCUGACUUUUGUGGUAGUCAGCGGGUACCAGAUGGUAAGAGAAGCUCUUGUCCACCAGGCUGAAAUAUUUGCAGAUCGGCCAAAUAUUCCACUUCUCCAAGAAAUUUUUAGAGGCUUUGGGCUCAUAUCAUCAAAUGGGCAUAUAUGGAGGCAGCAGAGAAAGUUUGCUUCAGCAACACUGAAAAGCAUUGCUGUAAGUUUUGAGGAAAAAGUGCAAGAGGAGAGCCGGUAUCUUGUGGAGGCAAUCGAGGAAGAGAAAGGACAACCAUUUGACCCUCAUUACAAAAUUAACAGCGCUGUUUCAAACAUUAUCUGUUCCAUAACUUUUGGGAACCGGUUCGACUACCACGACAACAACUUCCAGGAAUUGCUGCACUUGCUUGCAGAAACACUGCUGCUCAUAGGAAGUUUCUGGGGCCAGCUGUAUAAUGCUUUUCCUUUGAUAAUGAGAUGGCUACCAGGGCCCUUCCAGAAAAUCUUCAGGCACUGGGAGAAACUUCAGCAUUUUGUGAAGGGUGUGAUCGCGAAACACAAGGAGGAGUUGGACCAGUCUGAGUCAGGCGACUACAUUCACUGUUACCUGAAGGAAAUAGAGAAGUUUAAGGGUGACACAAGUUCUUAUUUCCAUGAGGAAAACCUGCUCUGCUCCACCCUGGACCUCUUCCUGACCGGGACGGAGACGACGGCGACUGCCAUCCGCUGGGCUCUGCUCUACAUGGCUGCGUACCCCCACAUUCAGGAGAAAGUGCAGCUCGAAAUUGACGCCGUGAUCGGCCAGUGGCGCCAGCCCACCAUGGAGGACAAGGAGCACAUGCCCUACACCAGUGCGGUGCUGAGCGAAGUGCUGCGGAUGGGCAACAUCGUGCCGCUGGGGGUGCCCAGGAUGUCCACCAGCGACACCACCCUGGCUGGCUUCCACCUGCCCAAAGGCACCAUGGUGAUGACCAGCCUGACUUCGAUAAUGUUUGACAAAAAUGUGUGGGAGACCCCAGACACCUUUAAUCCUGAACAUUUCCUGGAGAACGGCCAGCACAGGAGGCGGGAGGCUUUCCUGCCCUUUUCUGCAGGCAAGCGGGCUUGUCCGGGGGAGCAGCUGGCCAGGACCGAGCUCUUCAUCUUCUUCACCGCCCUGCUGCAGAAGUUCACCUUCCAGGUGCCGGCCUGUGCCAAGCUGAGCUUUGCCUUCACGCUCAGCCUGACGCGCUGCCCAAAACCCUUCCAGCUCCGCGCUCUGCCUCGCUCCUGAUGCUCCUGAGCCCCCUCCCUGCUGCUUCGGCCCCUCACGCACUGGAAAAUGCCCCAUUUCCCAACCACCCCCUCAGAUUUUGGGCUGCAAUGGCGGGUCACAGACCUCUAGCACCCAGCAGCCUUGCUUUACCUGCGGGCAGUGGUAGGGAGGGCAGGAGGGCCACACGGCACACUGCAAUGAGGACAGCCCUUGGGACACUUCCCUUUGUCUCCUGCCCCCUCCCCUCUAUC